CAAAAUACAACACUAACAACAGCAGCAGCAGUAGGAGCAGCAGCAGCAACAUCGUCAUCUGCAACAUCCGUAUCAUUACCAGCCCAAGGCAAUCCAUUUAAAAACAUUGUACGAAUCGGUGAUGGCAACAUCGUCACACGUACGGCCAUUGAGCAAUCGCUGGUAACGAUACAUGACAUUGCCACCGAGAAUCUGGGCACACUGUGCAUCUCAACGCUUUAUCGACCGCUUCAAGUGCCCAUCAACUCGGAACGAUUCGAGAGCACCAGACAAAAGGCAGAUUUGGCGGCAUCAAUACUCCAGGAAGUGGGCAUCAUACGACAUGGCGGUCUCUCUGAUGCGCUGGCCAAGGGCUUGCUCACCGAUGAAUACAUAAAUGGUGCACGCAUUUUAGCUUUGAACUUAACCAACGGCGCAGUCCAGUCCUACGUCUGGUGGGUCAAGAGUGGUCACGAUAAACUUGGAGAGACGCAGCGCUACGAGGAGGAUGGCCUACAAAUUGGCAAAAAGCCUGCACCCAGCUAUCCCUGGUUUGAGGACGAGAGCAGUACACCAACACUGCGCUCACCAAAGUUUGCGCCCAGCCCGCCGAAUAACUACUACAAGGGCUGGUGGACAUACCCGUACUUCUCCUGUGCGCUUAGCAAGUGGCUCGUCUCGUAUAGCAUCGCCAUACCGCCCAGCGGACGGCAUGGAUUGCGCGGCUUCAUCAGUGUCGACAUCGAUGUGACCACGCUGCGCGUCAAUCAGUGCGAUGCGACGCCCUAUCGCUUCAGCAGCCAGCAGCUAUUGCUGCGCCAGAGGCAGCAGGCGCGACGCUCCACAGUCGCGGCAAUUAACAAUGAUGUGGAUACCAUAAAUGAUUUGCAGGCCUUUCACAGUUCACACAAAUGCCAUCGCGCCUCCAUGGUGUGCGACUAUCGUCAGCCCAGCGCGGAGGCGCCGACAAUAAGCAGUGGAAAGAUCUUGGCAUCGAUAUCCAGCAGCAGCAGUUGGUCACGUGGAGCGUAUCAGUGUCUGUGCAAACGUGGCUUUUAUUCGCUGCGGCAUCCUGAUGGCUUCAAUGGCACCAUUAUGGAGAUUGCCUGGCAGGAGCAUCAGGAUAAUAUAAGCAAUUACUAUACGGAUGUAUUCAAAUGUUUGCAAUGCGCCGCCGGCUGUGACACUUGCACCGGUCCCGAGCCCUGUCUGGCCAACUAUCAUUGGCCCUUCAGAAUAUCGCUGCUGACAAUUUCAAUUGGUUGCGCCUGCGGCACCUUUGGGCUUUUAUGCUAUCUAUUUCGUCAUCGUCGCGUCAAAGUCUUUAAGGUGGCCAGCCCAAUAUUUCUGAUGAUCACGCUCAUUGGAUGUGCUAUCAUGUAUCUGGAGAUGGUUGCCAUUUUCCCGUUGCUCGACUCCGGCUGGUGCAUUGCCACAAAGUGGACACGUCACAUGGGCUUCUGCAUUACGUACACCUCGCUGCUGAUGAAGACCUGGCGCGUAUCCUUGACGUAUCGCGUCAAGUCAGCCCACAAGAUCAAGUUGAACGAUCAGCAGCUGUUGCAGUGGAUGGUUCCCAUACUGCUUGUAAUGCUCAUCUAUCUGGGCACAUGGACUAUUUCGGCCACGCCCAUGGCGGAGGUGAUCUACGAUCAGAAUCAUCUGAAAUUCAAGCAAUGCUCGUACAACUGGUGGGAUCAUAGUUUGGCCAUUGGCGAGGUGCUGUUCCUGGCCUGGGGCAUACGGGUCUGCUACAAUGUGCGCAACGCGGAGAGUCUGUACAAUGAGGCACGCCUGAUCUCGUAUGCCAUCUACAACAUAGCCAUCGUGAACAUUGCCAUGGUGGCGUUCCACGUAAUGCUCUUCCCACAUGCUGGACCCGAUUACAAAUACAUGUUGGGCUUUGUGCGCACCCAGCUGUCGACGACGACGACGAUUGCUUUGGUCUUUGGUCCGAAGGUGGCGCGGGUCUUCAAGGGUCAGGGCGAUAAAUGGGAUCAGAAGGCCAAGGUGCGCAGCAUAACCGCAUCCUUUUCGCUCAAUGGCGUUGGCCUGGUGCCUGAGGAGUCGCCCGAUCUAUAUCAGGAGAAUGAGGAACUCAAGGAACAAAUCCAAAAGCUGGCGCAUCAAAUCGAGUUCAUGAAGACUGUUCACAUGCAGAUGAACAAUCGGCAUCUAAAGCCAAAGCCUGGUGGAUAUUUUACCAUCACAUCGACCUCAUUCCAGGCGCCCUACAGCAAGAGCACUGUUUCCACGGCACAAACGCAAACCGGCAAGGACGAAGCCAGCGGUGUUGCCGGCAAUGCGACGCCAUCGAAAUGCAAAUCGCCGAAGGGUAAAGUCUGACGGGGUCAACGAAGUGUUAAAGAUUGCUCAAUAAAUGUUGUUGAUGGACUUGGAGGGGUUGUAGACGACGAUGCAAUUGAUUUUAGUUUCAGCCAACAAUCGGCAGAGCAAGACCAUGACGCGGAGGAGGAGGCUAUGGAGGUCAAGCAGGUCAAGCAGGUGUAUGGGGAUGAGAAGCCGCAGCAGCUGGAGGCGGAUUUAUUACGGCAAUUUCGUCGCCUCUUUGCGCCCAUUAUGAAUGACAGCUUGCAGUUGUACUAUGAGCUCAACGAGGAUGAUACGGAUGUGCAGCACAUUCGCAUACAUCGUACCGUUGCGGAGCUAAACGAGUUGACCAGCAGCGAGGAGGAAACACUGGUCACACAGCUCAAUUCACCGCUGCCGCUGCAGGAGGAGGAGGAGAUGGAGAUGGAGCUGCCGCUGGCACCGCCACCGCCACCGCUACCACUGCCACUGUUAACGCCCAGCAGUGGCUCAAUGUCAUCCACAUCGAGCAGCUGUUUGUAUGCCAUACACACGCCAUCUCCGGCGCAUCCUUGUGGUGGCCAGCGCCUCGAGUCGCCGCUGUCUGGGUGCACUGAACCGCUAACCAUAACUGAGCAAGUGCAGUUGCAUGCACCGCCGGGGCAUGGACAUUACAACAACAACAACAGCAGCAGCAGUAGCAAUGGCCACGAGUUGGAGGAUGAGCACAGCAGCAGUCACAAUAACAAUAACAACAACAACAACACAUCCUGCUCAUUAUCCUCAACGCUGACGGAUAGCAAAACAUUGGAUGGCCGCACUCCCAUUGUGGUCUAGCUUGGAUAACAAAUAAUCGAUUGCUGGGCAGCUGUCGCUUUGUCUGCUUUGCAUUUGUGAUUUCAUUUACACAGUCUAAGGAACAACAACAGCAACAACAAACAACAACAACAAACAACAACAACAACAAAUCGGAAGGAAGCCGAGAACAGUAAAUCGCUUAAUGUUUAAACUAGUCUUAAAUAAUGUUUGUGUGUGUUUCUUGUGUCUCUGUCUGUCUGUCUGUCUGUCUGCCUGUCUGCCUGUGCAGUGCGCUUAUGCGUGGCAAUGAUUCGUGAUAAUUUAUACAGUGGUCGCUCGAUAAUUAGAACGCCUCAACUUCACUGUCGAAAAAUACUUUAUUAUCUCUAAUUAAUUAAUUACUGUAUUAUAGAAUAUUUGUAGCAUAAUUUUUUUAUGCAUCAUUUACAAUUUCAAUGCGAUCACUGUAGAAACACCCCAACGAUGCGCUAGUUGUGCAAUUUAGACUUAAAUUAAUAACAUUUUCA